AUGGCUUCUUCUCCUCCAUCUUCGCCCCAAGACGACUCCAUCCUCCCUCUCCAAUCGGACCCACCGCAGGCCGUCCCUCUGGCCCUCCCGGCCCCACCGCCGCCCCAAACCCAGCAAACCCCGCAACCAAACCCAACCCCUCCCUCCUCCCGCCGCCUCCCUCCCCCUUGCUGGUCCCACGAAGAGACCAUCGCCCUCAUCGACUCCUAUCGUGACAAGUGGUACUCUCUCCGCCGCGGCAACCUCAAGGCCACCCACUGGCAGGAGGUCGCCGACGCCGUCGCUCACCGCUGCCCCGCCGCUUCUCCUCCCAAGACCGCCGUCCAGUGCCGCCAUAAGAUGGAGAAGCUCCGAAAACGGUACCGGACGGAGAUCUCGAGGGCCAAGUCCAUGCCUUUGUCCAGAUUCACCUCUUCCUGGGUCCAUUUCAAGCGGAUGGAUGCUAUGGAGAAGGGUCCCGCGGCUGCGAAGAGGGAGAACUCGGAGAGUCCUGGGGAGGAGGACGAGAAUGAUGAGAAUGAGGAAGAGGACGAUCAGGAUCAGGAGCUGUAUGAGGAGCUGAGAUAUGGGUCGAAUAUGAAGAGCAUGAGCAAGUUGUAUAGAAAUGGAGUUGGGGUUGGAGGCAGUGGUGGAAGUAGUGGAGGUGGGUUUAGGAUUCGGAUCCCAACUGGGGUUAGUAUAGCUCAGCCCGGGACCAAGGUUUAUCCGAAAAUGGAUCCGAAAUUCGGGUUGAAUUCGAAUUCGGGAUCGGGUUCAGGGCCGGGGUAUGGGAGUGCUAAGGUGAUGAGGGAGUGUGGGAAUUCGGUGAGGCCUGGAUUGGGGAAGAGGGAGAGGGAGGGGAGAGAGAGGGAGAGAGACCCCGUGGCGGAGAUGGUUUCGGCGAUCAAGGUUUUGGGAGAUGGGUUUGUGAGGAUGGAGCAGAUGAAGAUGGAGAUGGCGAGGGAGAUCGAGACGAUGCGGAUGGAGAUGGAGAUGAAGAGGACCGAGAUGAUUUUGGACUCGCAGCAGAGGAUUGUUGAGGCUUUUGCCAAGGCAGUUUCAGAGAAGAAGAAGAAGGCCAAGCGAAUGCCCUCCCCGGAGGCAUAG